ACCCCACAUAAAAAUAAAUUCUCGACCAUUCCUAAAGACAUAGAAUAUAUUAUGCACUAGUCCGAGUUCAAACUCAAAAAAAAAAAAAUUACGACCAAAAUUGCACGGAUUGUCAUUGUUUACGACACUGCACUGAACAACAAAUGUUGGCGAGAGAGGCAGAAUUCUUUCAAAUGUUGCCGCUAAAACUGCAAUCCUUCCUCAAACACUGCACCGCCACCACCACAACAUCGUGGCUACCAAAAACCUCAUCAUCACUUGCAUUUCCAUCCCAAAAUCAUAAACCACCCACCCUAACAUUCCUCGCCGACAAUUCCACCACCAUACAACACCUCAAACAAGUCCACGCACAAAUGAUCAUUUCUUCACACAUCAACGACGAAUUCGCCGCAAGCCGUUUAUUCUCAUCAUUCGCACUUUCCCCUUUCGGUAACCUCACUCACGCUACUAAAAUCUUCUCUUCCAUACAUAAACCCAAUUCCUUCAUGUGGAACACUCUCAUUCGCGCUCAACAACAACCCCACAAAUCUCUCUCCCUUUACGUCUCAAUGCGUAGACUUGGUGUCUUACCAGGUAAACACACUUUCCCUUUUCUCCUCAAAGCUUGUUCGUCACUCUCGAAUCCGUUGUUACCUUGUAAACAAGUUCAUUCACAUGUGGUUAAAUUUGGGUUGUGUUUUGAUUGUCAUGUGGCUAAUGGUUUGGUGCGUGGUUAUUGUGUUUCUGGUGAUUUGGUUGAUGCCCGGUACGUGUUUGAUGAAAUUCCGAUGAAAAGUUUGAGUCUUUGGACUAGUAUGAUUUGUGGGUAUGCUCAGAAUUUUUGUUAUAAUGAGGCUUUAGAGCUUUUUGAGGGGAUGAUUGUUGAAGGUUUUGAGCCUAAUGGUGCUACCUUGGCUUCGGUUUUGUCUGCUUGUGCUCGGUCGGGUUGUCUUGAGCUUGGGGAAAGGAUUCAUGAGUUUAUGAGAGUGAAAGGGGUUGAAGUGGGAGUGAUACUUGGGACGGCGUUGGUUUAUAUGUAUGCGAAGAAUGGGGUGAUUUUAAUGGCGAGGAAGUUGUUUGAUGAAAUGCCUGAGAGGAAUGUUGUUACUUGGAAUGCUAUGAUUUGUGGUUUGGCUUCUCAUGGAUAUGUUGAUGAUGCUCUUAGUUUAUUUGAGAGUAUGAAGAAGGAGGGGAUUGUUGUUCCUAAUGGUGUUACAUUUGUUGGGGUUUUAAAUGCUUGUUGUCAUGCAGGUUUGAUUGAUGUCGGUCGCGAGGUUUUUUGUUCGAUGAAAGUUGUGUAUGGAAUUGAACCGAAGAUUGAGCAUUAUGGGUGCAUGGUUGAUCUUCUUGGGAGAGGAGGUAAGUUGUUGGAGGCAGAGGAAAUGAUAAAAAGGAUGCCGUGGAAACCGGACGUGGUUAUUUUGGGAUCUUUGCUGGCAGCUAGCAAGAAUAAUGGAAACACUGAGGUUGCUGAAAGGGUGGUGAAAGAAAUUCUUAAUCUGGAACCUCACAAUCAUGGAGUUCAUGUUGCUUUGUCGAAUAUGUACGCAGAGGCUGGACUAUGGCAGGAAGUUUCAAGACUGAGGAAGAUGAUGAAAGAAGAGAAACUCAAGAAAGAUCCGGCGUGGAGCCUUGUUGCAACUUAAUUGAGUUUCUAACAUGGCUUGUAUACGCCAGAUACUUCUCAUUUUUUACGGAGAUUUGAUUAUUUCAUUAUUAGAAAAAUGGCAAGGAAGUGAGUUAUUAUUCAACUGUUCCCGUUGUUCCCAAAAAUAUUUAUGAAGCUUACUGAAGAAAUGAUUCCACACUGAUGCUAUAUCAUGGAGUUGUAUCCUAACAAUUUGACAUAUGACAGAUUUUUCCUUCGCUGUUGCAAGCACAUAAGUAUGCUGCUGGAGUUGAGAGGAUAUUUACUGUUUGGUGUUUGAGGACUGUUAGAUUUUUAUAUUGAGCCUAACUCACCCUUGGUUGUUAGAUUUUUAUGAGGUUUCAAGUGCUAACCAAUCCCCAAUAUCAAGUGCGGAUUGAUGAGCCAAACGGAGAAUUCUUAAAAGCUUUAUCUCAUUGGUGUUUCUGCUGCAUAUAUGAUGGACAAGGAAGUUAGGGGAGAAUUGCUUAUGUAGCAGAUAGUGGGGGCAAGCAACCGAAUAUAGGAAAAAUGGGAAGGGAAUCAUCCCGGUCAAUUUUGGCUUGAACCUUAUAGGUUGUUCAGAGAGAGUGUCAUGUCUUCUCUGAAAUGUAACGGCUCUCGGGUUGCAUGGAGCUUUUCUUAUGUCUUGGGAUGCAUGUGGUGAUUGAGCUGUCAACUGUUCAUGGAUUACUGCCUUGCUUUCGAGCUGUACUCGCUGUGCUAGGGAAGUGUUUGACCUUGCACAACACACUUUGACGAGAGCAGGCUCUUCUCUGUCACUGUUAAUAAAUCAGCAACGAUUUCAAAACUGAUUAAGUAUGUUGAAGGCAGGUGGGAGUGGGGUUGAGUGUGGCGUAGGCUGCUCUUUGCAUCGGAGGAGGAUCAGUUGAAGGAAUUAGAAGAGUUGAUUGCUAGUGUGGUAAUCUUCCCCGGGCAUGAAGAUAAGUGGAGUUGGAAGUAUGAUACAUGCACAGGAUUCUCUGUUAGAUCAGCUUACAACCAGCUGCAAUUUUCGAUGAUGCAAAAUCAGUGUGAUGAUGGGUUUGCCUGAUUGUUUAAGCUUUUCUGGAGCUGCUCAGUGCCGUCAAAAUUUAUUUUUCAUGGUUGGCGUACUCUCUUGGAUAGAGUCGCGAUGAAGGAUGCUUUGGUUGCAAGGGGUGACACAUCUUUUGUGACGGUGCUAUUGAGAGUUGUAGUCAUGCAUUUUUCUCCUGCCCAUUGCUUACGGUGUGUGGACAUCGAUCUAUCGCUGGCUGGGUUUUUGCCGCAUCAGCGCUGGAGCACUUUCUGUAGCAUUGAGUGUUGCUUACGGGUAAAACAUGGAAAAAGACUCACAUGACGUGGCAUGGCUUGUUGUUGUUUGGUCAAUUUGGGUUGUGCUAGAAACAAAGUUGUCUUUAAAGGAAUGUUACUUUUCCAAAUGAUGGCAUAUUAAAUGUAAAAUUCUUGUCUUGGAGCUUGUUUUCAUUGAGGGUUAGAAAAAGAUCUGGUGUAGAGCUGGUCAUUUAUUUAUUUUGCAAUUAAAUCAUUUUGGAAUUGUUUA